GUCUCCACUGAAACGAUGGCCAAGCGUACCAAGAAGGUGGGGAUCGUGGGUAAAUAUGGCACGCGUUAUGGCGCGUCGCUGAGGAAGAUGGUCAAGAAAAUUGAAAUCUCCCAGCACGCUAAAUAUACCUGCUCUUUCUGUGGAAAGACCAAGAUGAAGAGGAGGGCUGUUGGUAUCUGGCACUGUGGGUCCUGUAUGAAGACCGUGGCUGGAGGCGCCUGGACUUACAACACAACGUCCGCCGUCACAGUCAAAUCCGCGAUCAGGAGAUUGAAGGAGUUGAAGGACCAGUAAACCAGUAGAGCGAUCACUGGUGGAUUUGGGACUUUUUCUAUAAUUUAACCCACCUGGACAUGGCCGCAACAUCAACAAAUAAAUCUGUCUGGAGCGAA